AUGUCCCUCGACGGCCAUCGUGAUGCAUUACUUAGGGAGAAGCGGAACGAGAGCGUGACAUGUAAUGAGUCUCGCAAGCGCAAGCUGCGCGAGCUUUACAAGUAUUCGGCCUACCUGGAUGUGCCCGAGAAGUGGGCCACCACCACCCAACUCGACCAGUUUGAGGAUCGGUUCUUAGACGAAAAUGAUCUCGAAAAAGGUCGACGCUUCAACGAUGCAAUGCUCCCAUUCCCCUUCGCUGGUCAACAACCACCAUUACCGUUGGCAUUACCUUCUGCGCACCCUGGAAAGCCUGCCUUGUCUCCAUUCGCCAAAUCCUCGCCGUCCCCCAUCACCGGCGCGAGUCUCGAAGAGCAGCUUCGUGCAGCAUCUGCCUCGCCGUCUGUUGUCACGCAACAACUGCUACCUCCAGAUGUACUAACACACAGCAACGAAUGCCGUGCCUUGGGGCCGUCUUCUGUUGCUUCCCCUGCAGAUUCCAGCAAGACGUCCCCCACAACGAAGCGCGCUAGCGGAGCGCCAGCUGUGCAAGAUGCUGGAGUAGGAAGCGCGGUUGAUCAAGAAGGGCAGUCUGUCGAUCCAAAAGCUGUUGCCGAUCCUGUUGCGGACGAAGCAUCGAAUGCUCCCGUCAAAGAGGAACCCAAGGCGCCUCAGGUUGUUCAUCUUCCACCAAAGGAGGUCCAGGAAGCACGGCUGGAAGAGACGGAGCGCAAGUUGGAGAAUGCUGCGAGUAAGGAACGGAAAGAGGAGGAGCGACUCGGGCUUCCGCAGUCAAACGGAGGAGCAGAUGUCGUAUCUUCACCUUCUUCCACAGUAGGACCAUAUUCGCAAGCAACCCCGCAUGCCCCGCAUCACUCGCCAGAUACGAGCCCCGACACCGAGGCUUUCCACGAUCCUACACACCCACUUGUUUCUAACGAUGAUAUCUUGGAUCCUGCCGCACAGCAAGUUAAGGAGGAUCAUGAGCGCGCCCUGCAGAAACAGAUGAAGGAAGCUCGAGAACGUGCACGCGGGCCUGAAUCGCCAUCAUCAGACAUUGAAAAGCAGAUUGAGGAUGAGCAGGCAAUACGCUUGGCGCGGGACGGCAAGAGUCGACUAAGUGAAUCAAUUGGCAAUGUAGGCCACUCGGUGACAGAGGAAGCUGAGCUGGUCGCCAGUGGAAGCACUGUUGCACAAACGGUGCGGGAACAGCCUGAGCCUGCUGCAGAUUCACUUCCUACCCCCACUACGACCGCCCCCGAGCCAAACAUUGUGGAGCGCGAAACGACGGAUAACUUCGUUACCCAAGUCAAAGAAAACCCGAUUGCAGACCAUCCCACACCCCCGGCAGAAGUUGACCUUGACAUGACAGAAGCACCAGCAUUGAUUGAACAAGACACCACUUCUACACAGGCCUCGCCACCCCGUGAGCGCAUGACAACUCGAGUGUCUUCCGGCGCCAUCCGGCAGAAGUCAGUCUCGGAGAUCAUCAGCGAGCAUGCAGCACACAAAGCCGUCUUGACCCCUCCAUCGCGCAUCUCGUCCAGUCCACAGCGGCCGCGACAGCAAGACCGAAAGUCAAUGGAGGUUUCUACUGUCGUUUUCGCAAAGAAGCAUUCGAUAAAGUCACACAAGGCCAUGCAACCCUACGAUCAGGAUUACGCAUCAUUACAAGGGGCUUCCGAAGACUCAAGUCGCGACUACCUGGAAGGCUUAUUCAAGUUUCAGGCCCACCACCCACCCCGGUCUGUACCACUGCAGGAGCUUGUAACAUCCGCCAGGAAAACCCUCUCUACGAGCGGAACUCUGGCCAUGAUUCGCGAGACUCAGGAUUACAAGAUCCUCAAGCGCGUGUACCAGCUCCAAAAUGCGAAUCGGUGGUCGCUGAGACAGCUGCAAAAGUCUGCUGAGCCGGAGCGUCCUUUCACUCAUCAGGAUCAGCUUCUUUUGGAGAUGAAGUGGAUGCAAACGGAUUUCAAGGAAGAGAGGAAGUGGAAGCGUGCUCUAGCAGCUACGUUCGCGGACUGGUGUGCCGAGUACUUCUACAGCAGCCCAGAGGAACGCAUUGCUCUUCGAAUCAAGGUCAGAAUUUCCAUACCAACUGUCGAAGCGACAGGAGACGAUGAUAUGCACGAUGCGCCUACACCGGAUCUCGUACCCUCUGGCGCACACGAAACUGAGAGCGAAUCGUACGGAGAUGAAGACGAGCUCCUAACACCGUUCCACGCCGACCCUCCCGCUGGCGUGUUUUCUCUUGGCUACAGUGAUGUCGUCAUGAAGAUCGACCGGACGCCAGCAAGCGAUCACAUGUUCCGCGAAUUGCCGUUCUACGAGCCCAUAUUGGAAGGCGCUAGCGAUGUCACGCCUUUCUCGAUAUCUGAGCCGCCCAUUCUGCCUGUUUCGAAGUUUGUUACCGGGAAGCUUGUUUCACAAAUCAAGGGUCCGCCGAAGAAGCGCAGCAGAUACGACUAUGAUUCCGAAGAUGAGCCCUCCACGCCGCCAAGCCGCGCUGGCACCUCUGCAGAGCAUUCGAUGCCUUCCACUCCUGGGCGAAGGUUAUUCUGCCGAAAUGACUUACCUCCUGAGAUGACUGACGUUGCGCUGUUCAACGCCGAGAACAAGCAUGUCAGAGACAGGCUCCAAGCAGCGCAUCAGUUCAGACCACCCACAGAGUUCAACAUGCCUUCAGUUGCCUUCUUCGAAAACAGGACACCAUCACAAUGGCUAUGGGAAGAAGACCAAAAGCUCCGUGCUCUUGUCAAGGAGUACACCUUCAACUGGUCUCUUGUCGCACAGCAAUUGGCGUUGCCCUCCAAGUUCACAUCUGGAUCUGGUAGACGCACACCUUGGGAGUGUUUCGAACGCUGGGUGCAAUUGGAAGGUCUCCCCGCGGAGAUGUCCAAGACGCAGUACUUCCGUACUUACCAAGGCCGAUUGGAACAGGCCAACAAGGUGGUCUUUGCGCAGUACCAAGCCCAGCAACAGCAGCAGCAACAACAAUCUGGAGGCCAAACACCAGGGCAGCCUAGGCGGCGACCUACUACCACACCGAUUCGCGUUGAGAGAAGGAGAGAGAACCGCCACCUCGCCAUCAUCGACGGUAUGCGCAAGCUCGCUAGGAAGCGAGAAUCGGCCGCGCACAAGCAGGCAGAAUCGCAGAAGGCGGCGGCGCUUAGGAAAGCACAUGAGCCUGCCGCACCAAAGAACAAUGUACACACUCCGCAAGAGUUCAGCAAGCUCAAGUGGGAACGCGAAGAGAAGCUGAAGCAAAGGCAACUGCAACAGGAGAUGGCUCAUAGGCAGAACCAGUUGGCUGCGCAACGUCAAGCUCAAAUCAACGCGCAAAAUGGCGUUCCAAACGGCGUUCCCCAAAUGCAGCGCAACGGUACUCCCGGCGGUGCGAACAAUAUGCCUGCGCAGAUGGCCAAUAAUCCUCAGAACGCCGCUGCAAUGGCUACACGUGUUCAGCAAGGCCAACAAGGAAUGCAGAACAAUCUCAACAUGGCUAAUAUGCCGAUGGGCACACCAGGCAUUCCACAAGCGCAGAUGCAGAACAAUAUGCAGAACGGCCAGCGAAUGGGACCUCCGAAUCAAGUGCGCAUGAAUAUGCAAGGAAACCAGUUCAACAGCCCCAAUCAGCAGCAGCAAUUUCAGAUGCAGCAACAACAGCAGAUGAACAUGGCCAACAACCUUGCCGCUCAGGGGAUAAACAUGAACAUGCCUAACGCAAAUAUGAUGGCACCGAUGGGGAGCCAGAACCUGAACGGGAAUAUGAACGCGUCGAUGAACGGCAUGUCCAAUAACGCAGGAUCCCCGCGGGUCAACCAAGCAACGCCCAACAUGCAGCGUCAAAACGUAAGCAGCCAAGGUGCACAUGUCCCUCAGUAUCUGCAAUUGCAGCAGACCAUCAAGAUGCAGCAUCCGGACUGGACAAACGAACAAGUACAGAAGUCGGCUUCUGAACAACUCCAGCGGUACAUGGCUAAACAGCGUGUACAGGCAAUGAACGCUGCUGCAGGUUCUCCUGGCAUGUCCUCACCGACCCCGCAAAUGGCGAACAACCAAUUCAUGCAGCAAAAUGGUGGAAUGGCGACCAGUCCGCCUGUCAACGCUGUCCAAAACUACCAGCAACAGCUGGUUCAGCAACAACGACUUAUGAGCCAACAACGACAAUCCUCACAACAGGCCAGUAGCCCGGGAAUGAAUGGACGCCCUCCGAGCAGAAGCGCUACGCCUCAGAACCCACAGCAAAUGCAACAAAGCCCUGGCCUCGCGCAAGCGCAGCCUAACCGCGCUUCCUGA